AUGGCGGUGGGCAACGAUGCUUUCAAAGACAAGGAAAAGCCGAGGGCGGUGCGCAGUGCAAAUAUUAUGGCAGCGAGAGCUGUUGCGGAUGCCAUUCGGACGUCGCUUGGGCCUCGAGGUAUGGACAAAAUGAUUCAAACCGGAAAAGGCGACACCAUCAUUACGAAUGAUGGGAAUACGAUGUUGAGGCAUAUGAGCGUUAUGCAUCCAGCAGCGAAGAUGCUAGUCGACUUAUCGGCCGCACAAGACGUCGAGGCAGGCGAUGGCACAACGUCUGUCGUGGUUAUUGCAGGCAGCCUUCUAGCCGCCGCUGAUCGCUUGCUGGUGAAAGGUAUUCAUCCGACAGUCAUAUCUGAAGCAUUUCAGCGCGCAGCUUCGGCAGCUGUCCAAACUCUGGAGGACAUGUCCAUUCCAAUUUCUCUCAAUAAUCGCGCUACUCUCCUCCAGGCAGCCUCGACAUCUCUCUCUUCAAAGAUAGUAUCCCAGCAUUCAAAUCUACUCGGCCCUAUCGCAGUUGAUGCAGUGUUAAAAACAAUCGAUCAAAAGACCGCCGACAAUGUCGACCUAAAGAACAUUCGGGUAGUCAAAAAAGUUGGAGGAACAAUAGAAGAUACCGAGAUGAUAGACGGCGUAAUUUUGAACCAGCCAGUCAUCAAGUCAGCCAACGGACCUACGCAAAUGGAGAAAGCAAGGAUUGGUUUGAUCCAAUUUCAAUUAAGUCCACCCAAACCAGAUAUGGAAAACUCGAUAGUGGUGAAUGACUAUCGGCAAAUGGAUAAAAUUUUGAAGGAAGAGAGAACCUAUCUGCUAAACAUCUGCAAGAAGAUCAAAAAAGCGAAAUGCAAUGUACUGUUGAUCCAGAAGAGCAUUUUGAGAGAUGCAGUGAACGACCUCAGUCUACACUACUUACAAAAAUUGAAUAUAUUAGCUGUCAAAGACAUAGAAAGGGAUGAAGUAGAAUUCAUUUGCAAGUCCACUGGAUGCAAACCAAUAGCAGAUAUUGAGUCGUUCUCAGAGGAUAAGCUUGGAACUGCGGACUUGAUAGAAGAAUCCCAAUCAUCAGGAGCACGUAUCGUCAAAAUCACCGGCAUACCAGUCAAGAUUGUUCCCCAGCAAACGGUUUCCAUCAUCGUUCGUGGUGCAAAUACACUUAUUCUUGACGAAGCCGAACGCUCCCUCCAUGAUGCGCUGUGUGUGAUCCGAUGCUUAGUCAAGAAACGAGCUUUGAUAGCUGGGGGUGGUGCGCCAGAGAUUGCCAUAGCAAAUAAGCUAGGCGCGAAGAGCAGGGAGCUGACUGGAACGGAAGCGAUCUGUUGGAAGGCUUUUGCCGAUGCUAUGGAGGUUAUUCCGACUACGCUGGCAGAGAAUGCUGGGUUGAACUCGAUCUCUGUUGUGACGGACCUACGGUACAGACACGAGACUGGCGAGAAGAAUGCCGGUGUAAGCAUCAGGAGUGGUGGGGUCAAGCUGAACAUGACGGAUGAGAAAGUGCUGCAGCCCUUAUUAGUGAGUACGAGUGCGGUAGAGCUUGCUAGUGAGACUGUCAAGAUGAUUUUGAGGAUCGAUGACAUAGCCUUGUCGAGAUAG